UCCUAGUAGUGCAACAGCUUUCAGAGUGAUCUCAGAUACAGUACAACGCUCUCUGAUACCUCAUACCUAGCUUUCCAGGCAAGAUCUCUCGAGUUGGUGACGAAAUCGCAGCAGCAUCUCUCGAAAGAUGGGCCUCAACUCGCCCGUCCCCGUCACACUCCCGCAAGAGUGCAAAAAAGCAGCCAAGAUCUUCCGCUCAUUCGUCGACAAUGGCAAUAAUGGGUUGGACAAGGUCAUCCCCCGGGACGUUCUCUCUAGGGCCGCUGGGUUCGCCAUCUUUACCGUCGUAAAAGCCGGGUUCCUCUUUUCAGCACGAGGAGGUUCGGGGAUCGUCAUUGCCCGUCUUGAAGAUGGUUCUUGGUCAGCACCGAGUGCCAUCGGCCUGGGAGGUUUCGGCUUCGGAGGGCAGAUGGGAGCGGAAGUCACGGACUUUUUGAUCAUCCUGAACUCGAGGACGGCAGUGAGAACAUUCAUGGCUGCCGGGUCGAUGACGUUGGGAGGCAAUCUAUCGGUCGCCGUGGGACCCCUGGGACGCAACGCCGAAGGAUCCGGAUCAGUGUCUACCAAAGGAAAGACGGCCGCUCUCUAUUCGUAUUCGAAGACUAAAGGCCUGUUUGGCGGGAUUUCGGUCGAAGGCUCCAUUAUCGUCGAGCGUCAAGAUGCCAACCGGAUCGCCUACUCGCAAGAUGUUUCGAGCAAGCAACUCCUUUCGGGCGUUCUCGAACGGCCCGAAUGGUCAGAUGACCUGGUCGACGUCUUGAAUUCGUGUACGGGGAUGCCAGGAGGUCGACAGUGGGUCGAUGACAGGUCGAAUGCCGGCACCCCGGAGGCAGGGGACGAGUUUGAUGAUGAUCGGUACGAUGAGCACGGGAUGCCGGUGGAUCGAUCGGGCAAGGAGGGCAGAAAGCGAGCGGGGACUUUACCCAGGAGUUCGUCGUACAACAACUAUGCGUUCGGAGAAGGUGGUGGUGGCGGGUUCUCGUCUUCCGCCAUGAUCACCGAGGGCAGGUCUCCCAACCGAGCUCGAAGCGGAUCUGGCUCUCUGCGUGGAAUUUUCAAGCUCGAUCCAUCGACCCCUGGAAAUGGGAUCGGUUUCCCUCGUCGAAAGACCGGGUCGCCGAUGACCUCUCCAUCGAUUAGCAGGAAGAGCAGCAAUCUCAACCCUUUCAGCCGUACCAAUUCGAAUGCUGGAGCCAGCGCUAACCCGUUUGACGAGGAAGCGAGUUCAAGCCACGCCAACGAGGUCGAUCCGUUUGAUUCGUACGCCAACAUUCUGAAUCAGGGUGCUGGCACUGGGAAUCGAGCGAGGUCUGGUUCGGGUAUAUCAAAGGACAUGGACUUGUCGGGUGAGGUCCUCUCGCCCUGGAACAACGACAAGGGGUUACCUUCGCCCAAACCGACGUACGAGCACAAGAACUUGCCUGUGCCCAUCGAAUUGACCUCGGGGAACAGGAGCAGAAGCUCGUCCUUGACUGCCAACAACUCGGACGAGUAUGGUAGCAGCCUCGGUCGACCUUCGCUCGGCCGAUCGAGAGCGAGCAGUACGGCCAGGUUCGCGUCUCCCUUGAGGGACGACUUUGCCCCUGGUGACAUGGCAGAGAGAGACGAGGGCAACGAUCUGACGGCCAAGUUUGGCAGGAUGCGAGCGUCAUCUAGUGCGACGGUAGCUUCAGCGUUGGCGGCCCAUGCAUCACCGAACAAGCUGUCCAAGCGGGAUACGAACGGAUACUCUCGCAACGAGUUUGGAGAGGACGGUGAGGAUUAUUACAACGGCAACACCGCAUUACCAGUCAAGAAGAAGGAAGAGUGGAACGUCGAUCUGUCGCUACCAAAGACAACAGGGGGGUUGUUUGGCAAGGGGAAACGAAGUCGAGCCAAUACGGGCGGAUCAGAUUUCCACGUCGACCCGAUGCAAUGGCAGCGGCGAGGCGAGGACGAGCUGUAUGGUGGAGGUACUCCUAAGAGCGAGGCGGACCCAUACUUUAACAAUGUCGAGCAAGACGAUUUCGCCGCCGCGCCAAAAAUCGGUCGACCCAAGAUGGAGAGUCGACCGACGUUUACGGUCAGAAAGGAACUGCUCGAAGCCGAACGAGAUGGGCUACCACGCGCCAUCGCCUUGUUCGACUUUGCUGCGGCAGAGAGCGGCGAUCUUGGCUUUGUCAAGGGGGAGGUUCUCAUCGUCACCAAGCAGGGCAAGAGCAAGGAAGAGUGGUGGACGGGACGCAAUCCGACGACGGGCAAGGAGGGUAUCUUUCCUGCCAACUUUGUCGAGCUCGUCAAGACUGCUGGGCAAAAGUAACGUCGCUACAAGGACUGGGAAGGCAAUGACUGUGGAUUUGUAAUCUUGAAAAGAGUCGGGGGUUGUAUAGACAGAAUAAUGACAUGUGAUCCGGGAGC